AAUCAGAUAUAUUUGAGAGCGAAAUUUCUUUGAUUUAGAUGGUUCUAUCCAAAAAAAAAAUCGAACAUUUGCUUGUGAUGAAAUUUUGAGUUUUCAGAAGAGAGUUUAACAACAAAAAUACAUGUUGAACAUUUAUUGGGUUCAUGCUUUUUCGAGACAACCUUUAGUAUCUUAUUCGAUGCAAAAAGAAAAACUCAAAUAUUAUACUUUGCAGCUCUUGAUCAACUCCAGGAGAUUACAUAUAUGCAGCUUGGUAAAAAGAAAAUCUCUUAUUCACUAGAAAAUUCGAAGUACAGAGUCGCCUCUAUGCUUCCAGUAGCUCAGCCAAUGUCUUGAUGGCAUCUAUGUUCGAUAGAAAAAUAACUUUAGAAUCUCUUAUUCUAUCAUCAAAGUACCGUUUUGUUUUUGGACAAGAGCAUUUUUGAUGAUAUCCUUCUUAAGGAAUUUUUGAGAAACACCAUAUACAUCAAUCAAAUAUGAUCAUUUUUUAGUUCAAAGAAGACUUUCAUUUUUGAAAUGUUUUGCAACCAGAACUGUGAAACCAUUCCGAAAUAAUCAUCAAAAUACUCGAAAAAAACCGUUUUUAGGGGUUAAAAUGGUACGUGAGUCAGGACUUUAAAUUCUAUUUUCUAGAAGCAAAUAGCUAAUCAUCUAAGAUGUUGAAUUUGAAGUUGACUCGUGCCAGACUGUUCCAUUAAAAUAUAAAACUCGAAAAUCAAAGAAUUUCCUUGGCAAUGCACAGUGUACCUAUAGUGAACUCUCUCUUAAAUACUAUAUACAUUAACCUUUUCGAAACAAUUGUCUUCUAUCGUGUUCGAAUCUAGUACAAUUUUGUUUGCUUACGAAUAAAUUUCAUUCUAAAUUUCAAUAUUCUUUCAGUUUAGCUUUCAUUUUCUUUGUUCGAUGCAAAAGGCAACAUUCCAUUUGGAUUGAUCGCUUGGAACAAAACACUAACAUUUGAUUAUAUGUUUAUAUUUCAAAGAUGAAUAUAAUUUCUUUUUUUAAUAUUUUCUUUCUGUUAGUCAACAUAUGGCUUCAUCGACAUCGAUUCAAAAUGAAAAAUGACAUUCUUCAUCCAAAACGCAUUAUUGCUAUUUUAUUUAUACACUUGGCAUUUAGUGUAGAUAUGCAUUUAAGGAAAAAAAUAGUAAAAAUACCCUACCUCUAUAAAUACUACCAACUUUGAUUAACGAGUCAAAAACAAAGUUCACAAUGAGAGUAGUAUUUGAGAUCACAAUAACUAUAUGAUAUUCACAGACGAAUGUUCUUAGAUAUCAGAAAUCAGUCAAACCGAACUAUCUUUGAUUUAACUGAAAGAAGUUGAAACUUUCCCAACGAUAACAUACUAUUCGAAAAAAAGUUUCAGUUAUUUUAAAUGUGAAAUUGUUUUCAAUGUUUCUAAAAGCGGAGAUUUUCUAAUGAUUAGUUAUAAUUUUAACUCAAUCAAUCAAUAGUGAUGCUUCAUUGUCAACAUGCUCUUGUUCUAAGAAUUGAGUCGAUUUUUAAAAGUCGAACUAUUCGAUUCAUUGAUUAAAUCAACACAAUUGAUUGUGAUGAGAAGAAACGCCUUUUUUCUAAAGAUGGACAAAAAUGAAACGAUGUAUCUCUUUCAUUUGUUACAAUUCAUGUAUCAUUCAUGAUUGUGAAUAAUCAAUGGGCAUUGUUUGUUGAAUUUGAUCAUAUUGAAUAUUAAUAGUGCAGAAAUGUACAUGUGAUUGAUAAAGGUUGGAUUUCUUACGAGUUCAAUCAUGUGUUGCAAAAUGAUUUCGAUUGAACAGUGAUGAUUUCAACAAUGCCCGAUAACAAAUAUCAAACUCAUUUUGAGUUUUGAAGACAAUUUUAUCGCAAAGAAAUUUUCAGAAUAAUUCAAAGGACAUGAUCACUACUCUUGAUUUCAAUAGAUAAUUGUUCCAAUUAGAAAGAAAAACAAUCCAAUGAAAGUCCUUGAUAAACAAAAUACACGUAGGAGUUUAUGAUUUAUGGAGUAAGCAAUGUGUUCGUCUUAUAAGACAACUUUUUGAAUAGAUUUAAUUUAAGAUCCCCUCCCUCCCUCAGAAAAGUCAAUUUUGGUCAAAUUUAUCGAUUUUGUGAUUUAUAACUGAUUAGAUAGAGCAAAGUGUUUACUCUGGAAUGCACUAUAGUUGAUUGAUUUUAUGAUGAGAUUUAAAGAUAUUACAUAGGUUUUUCUGAACCUCCAUAUUGAACAAAAUAAGGUUUUUAAAAACUUAUUCUCUGUUUUUCUCAAAAUCAAUUUUUUCGAGCAUACCGUUUACGCGGGCAAGCUUUUUUUCAUAAUGACUCAAUAUAGAAGUGAUGAUUUUUUUUAAUGCAUAGUAGACAGGUAGGGCGAGAUCCUCCCACAAUCUGAUUUUUGAAUUCCUCUUUUGGUGAAAUAAAAACCUUAGAUAUUUUAUUUUUUAGUAGCAAUUUGUUGGGCAUGAUUUCGUGAAUUUUACGAAAAAUGGUUUUUAAAAAACAAACAAAGGGAUAUUCAAAAAUCGGGCCCUGGAAGCAUCUAUCCCUAAGGGUACUCUAUAACUUGAAAAUCGUUCGGGCUUGGUAGCUCGUAUCCUUAUUUUGAAAUUUUUGCCCGCAGAAAGGGUAUUUUUGACCAAUGAAUUGACUAUAAUUCGUGAAUGGCUCGCAGAUUUCGGGAUAUGUUUUAACCGCAAUCUAUUCUAGCCAAGAUUAACAUUCUCUAAAAUUUUGGUUGAAAUCGGAUGAAAAAUAACAAAAUUGGUUUCUGAGGAGGGGGGGGGGGCUUAAAAAAACAGAUUGACAUGCAAUUCUUCAAAAAGGAUAACUUUUCAACUGGAAUGUUUGAACAAGACAUUGACAUUAGAACUUAAUAAUGUAAAUAAAGCCAUGUAGAACAAUUUAUACUUGAUCAUUCUCUAAAAACUACUGAGUUAUCAACGAAAGAAUUCUCUUUUGUUACUCUCAUUGAAAAUAUAUCAUAGACAUUAUUCUGUUUUUCCUUUGAAUUUCGUCCAAAGUAGAAUAUGAUUGUCAGCAGCAUUGAAACAAUGUCUUUUCUCUAAAAGUCUUGACAAUUUGAGCUCAAACUCAUGAGUGAAAAAGCGUGAAUUUGCAAACAAAACAUAGGAACAAAUGAUUAUAGGCGAGAACAUUAAAAUGAAUAAUUUCGAAUUAAACAAGAUGUUUCAAGCUAAACAAUCAUUCUCUCAAAAAGUUGAAGAUUUGAUUAAAAGAUAUCUCUUCUUCCUAAUCAAAUUUCCUUUAAGAGAAACUUGGAAACAAGUCGAAACUUGAAACGAUGUUGAUUUUUGCAAAACUUCAAAUGAAAUUUUCACUUUUUCUCUCUAUCUGCUCUCUGGCUCUCUCACAUUGUCUUCUCUUUUAUUUUAUCAUUUUAUUCUCUUGUUUCUCUCAAUUUCAGUGAUUCCAUUACGUGGAAGUUUAAUUGACAUUCAUCCAAAUGCUCGAUGGCAACAGAAUGGUAUCACUGUUGCUGGAGGAAAUGGAUAUGGAAAUGGAAUCAAUCAACUCUCAAACCCAUGGGGUUUGUAUGUUGAUGAAGAUCAAACAAUAUAUGUCGCUGAUCAAGACAAUCACCGUAUUGUGGAAUGGAAAUGGGGUGCGACGAGUGGCCAAGUGGUUGCCGGUGGAAAUGGACAAGGAAGUGGGGCUCAUCAAUUGAAUGAACCUCGAGAUGUGAUUGUCGACAAAGAGAGAGAUUGUCUAAUCAUCUCCGAUAGAUCGAAUAGAAGAGUGGUUCGAUGGCCUCGUCGAAAUGGGACAAGUGGAGAAACAACCAUCUCCAACAUCUAUUGUAUGGGUUUGACAAUAGACGAGAAUGGAUCUCUCUAUGUCGUUGACUAUGGAAAAAAUGAAGUGAGACGAUAUCGAAGAGGAGAAUCUCAAGGAACAGUGGUUGCAGGUGGCAAUGGAAGUGGAAAUCGUCUCGAUCAACUCUCUUUCCCACAAUACGUAUUCGUCGAUCGAGAUCAUUCAGUCUACGUGUCUGAUAGUGGAAAUUAUCGUGUGAUGAAAUGGGUGGAAGGUGCAAAACAAGGCAUUGUCGUGGCUGGUGAUCAAGGAAAAGGAAAUGGUCUUACACAAUUGUCAUGUCCUUAUGGAGUCGUUGUCGAUCAAUUGGGCACUGUCUAUGUGGCUGAUGGAUGGAAUGAUCGAAUCAUGCGUUGGCCCAAUGGAGCCAAACAGGGAAGUGUCAUUGUUGAUGGAAACGGUAGAGGAGGACAAUCGAACCAACUCAAAGUGCCCAUCGGUUUAUCAUUCGAUCGACACGGCAAUCUCUAUGUCGUCGAUUUCGGAAAUCAUCGAGUACAAAAGUUCAAUACCGAUUCAAACACAUAA